AUGAUCGCAGUCAGCAGAUCCAGGUCUCUUUACAAGAGGCUACAUGCGGAUAUCAUAGACAGGUUGGCUGUCUAUUCCCUGAGUGUCCCCACUUCACCCAACACCACAACAAACCUGCUCAGGGAUGUGGACCAGGUGGUCUUUGCCAUCAGGAGAGGGGAUGUGGGGGCCAUUAAUGAUCUGGCAACAUCCACACCUCACAGCCUGAUGAAGGAGAACAAUGAUGGGUGGAUACCUUUGCAUGAUGCUGCCUUCUGUGGACAGACUGAAUGCUUGAAGAUCCUUCUUAGGGCCCAUCCAGGAUCAGUUGACAAACGUACCUUACAGGAACAGACGGCCUUGCUGCUUGCUGUGUCUUGUGAACACUUGUCAUGUGCGCGGUGCCUUCUAGAGGCAGGUGCUGACCCUGACAUUGGCAGUAAGAACAAAGAAACGCCUUUGUACAAAGCCUGUGAGUUGGAGAACGUGAACAUGGUGAGCCUCAUUCUCUCAUAUGGGGCCACCGUGAACCAGCGGUGUGGCCAGGGCUGGACGGCCCUCCAUGAGGCCGUAUCCAGGAACAACACAGAGAUCUGUGAGCUACUAAUAAGAGCCAGGGCCGCAAUCAACCCCCCAAACACAUACAGCAUCACACCACUCACUGUAGCAGCUCAGCGAGGACAGAUGAGGGCGCUGUGUUACCUGAUUGGAAAAGGUGCUGAUGUGAACAUGCAGACAUGUGAUGGUGUCACAGCACUGCAUGAGGCCAGUAAAAAUGGCCACAAGGAAAUUGUAGCAGUGCUGUUGACUAAAAAUGCAGAUGCAAACAAACCCACGAACUCAGGACUGCUGCCUCUACAUGUUGCUGCCCAAUAUGGACACCACGAGAUUGUGUCCAUGCUCGUCUCAGUGACAAGUCGAGCCAGGAUUCGCCACAGUUGGAUCAGCCCCCUCCACCUGGCAGCAGAGCAUAACAGACACACAGUGGCAGCUGUGCUGCUCAAGACAGGUGCAGAUGUAAAUGCUAAACUGGCCCACAGUCACUCCAUCCAGUAUGCUGAUGGACGUGUAACAGCCCUCAGCUUUGCUAUUGCCAAUGGCAGCACUGAGACAGCAGAGGUGUUACUGAACGCUGGCGCUAGUUUAAGCCUGGACCCAGUUAGUCCUCUAUUGAUGGCUGUACGGCAGGGCUGUGUCAGCACUGUGUCCUUACUGCUGGAGAGAGGGGCCGAUGCCAACGCCAGAAUCCCCUCUUACGCCACAUUUCCUGCUGUUGUUGCACUCUGCAUGAAUAACCUGCCUCUACUCAAGUGCCUUUUGGACAAUGGCUGUGAUGCCCUUUCCUGCUUCACCUGUACAUAUGGCAAGGCAUGUCACCCAACAUCAGCUGAAUCCCAUAUAAGAACCUUUGGUGGUAAUGGAUAUGAUUUGCAUAGUCAUGGCAUUCGCCCUUUAAACUGCACUGAACCACCAGAAAAAGCAACACAGUUCUGUGAGUGGAUUUCAACACCAGUUAUGUGUAAAUGGGCAGGACCGAUUAUAGAUUUGAUGCUGGAGCAUGUCGGUCAUGUUCAACUGUGCAGCAAGCUCACUGAACUCCUGGACAGUCGAGAAGAAUGGCUCACUGUUAAGAAGAAGUUGUUGUCACCUCGUCCACUGCUGCACUUAUGCAGGACAAGGAUUCGGACCCAAGUGGGGACACAAAGACUGAGAUCUCUCACAAGCCUACCUCUGCCAGACAGACUAAUCAGAUACCUGAACCUGACUGACUGACUUGAAGAUGAACUUUAAGUAACAUUAGCAGCAGA